AUGUAUCCGGGGAGACCUUAUCAGCCGAAAAAGCGGGAUGACUUUGAGGUCGCUAUCAUCUGUGCUCUGACUCUCGAGGCUGACGCCGUCAUCGCUCUUUUUGAUCAUCACUGGGAAGACGAUGGUUUUUCCUACGGCAAGGCUAGAGGCGACCCUAAUGCUUAUUCAAUUGGUGUCAUUGGGCAACACAAUGUGGUAUUGGCCCAUCUACCGGGGAUGGGUAAAGUCUCUGCAGGCAACAUCGCUGCCUUUUGCCGCAUGAGCUUUCCCAAUAUCAAGCUAGCGCUACUUGUCGGUAUAUGUGGCGGCGCGCCUUAUUAUAAUAAAGGCAAAGGCCAAAUACGUCUCGGAGACGUGGUUAUCAGUACCGGUAUUGUUCAAUAUGACUUUGGUCGUCGAUUUCCGGAUAAAUUCGAGAUAAAGGAUAGUUUGAACGAUAUCCCUGGAAGGCCAAAUCUUGAGAUCAGAAAUUUGUUAUCUAAACUGAUGACAGCGAGGCAGAGUGAGCGUUUGAAGACAGAAAGUUGGAAAUAUCUGGAUGAGCUAUGUCAGGACGCAAAGAGGCCGGCCACUUUCCCAGGACGAUCAAAAGAUCUCCUUUUUCCAGUUGACUACCGCCAUAAACACCAAGACUCGCUAGCGUGUACGACAUGUACAUCGUGCCACCAUGAAUCAGAUCCAGUUUGCGACAUAGCUCUUACCUCCAGCUGCGAACAGAUGGGAUGCGACACGAGCCAAUGUUUGCAAAGAGGCAAUCGGCAGGGAGAGGAACUUCACCCACUUGUCCAUUUUGGUGCAUUCGCGACAGGGGAUACGGUAAUGAAGUCUGCAAAAGAUCGUGAUUAUAUCAUGAAGGAUACGCAGGCUUUGGGAUUCGAGAUGGAGAGUGUCGGCGUAUGGGAAGUCUUCCCAUGCGUUGUAAUCAAAAGUGUAUGCGAUUACGCUGACAGCCAUAAGAGCAAGAACUGGCAGCCUUAUGCUGCUGCUUGUGCAGCAUCAUAUGCAAAAGGAUUCCUUAGAUACUGGGAUUCAACAAGACAUGCCGAAUCUAUAUCCGAGCCUGAGCAGUUUCGGAAACGCAUUAUCAAAAGUCUCAGCUAUGCAGACAUGAACGAAAGAAGAAACAAUAUUCCAUCAGAGGCUCCAUCUACAUUUAAUUGGAUCUUCGAGGAAUCAGUCGAAUAUCCUGGGGAACAAGACUUGGACUGGCUCUCAGACCAAUAUUCUGAUACUAAUAGACACUCGGAAACUGAAUGGGAAACAGAAACAGCAUCAAAUGCGGAGGCUGGAGAAGAAGGAUCCCUUGAAGCGCAUGACGAUAAUGGAACAGGGUGGGAAACAGCAUCAGACGAGGAGUCCGGACAAGAAGAAUCCCUUGAAGAGGAUGAAGAUAAUGAGGCGAGCUGGGAAACAACAUCAGACGAGAAGUCUGGAAAAGAGGAAUCCCCUGAAGCGGAUGAUGACAUGGAGACAGAUUGGGGAACAGAAUCAGAUAAGAGAUCUGAGAUCACCGAAGGUUCCACCCAAAGCCACCGACAAUGGAGACAUUGGGACAACUUUAUUGAUUGGCUGAAGUCGGAUCGGUCAGUUUACUGGAUAAGUGGGAAGCCGGGCUCUGGGAAGAGUACUCUCAUGAAAUUCCUCAUAUCAGAUUCCAGGACACCAGAUGCGUUGAAGGAAUGGAAUAAAGACGCAAUCAUCAUUGCACACUUUUUCUGGAAGCCAGGCAGUAUGAUGCAACAUUCUUUCAAGGGCCUUCUCUGUUCAUUGCUCCGUCUGAUCCUGAAGAACGACAAGUGCAUCUCACAUAGCUCUCUUCAGAGACUUAUUAGAGAUAAAGAUGGAAAAGAAUCACCAAGUGAUUGGGACCAACGCGAACUUCGAGAUCUGCUACUCUACUAUCGCAACCAUUCGUCGCAGCCCAUAUGUAUCUUCAUCGAUGCUCUGGACGAGAUUUCACCGGAGCAGGAUACGCUCGACACGCUACACAUUCUCGGAGCCCUUAUCUCCCCUACUACCAAAAUCUGUGUGUCAAGUCGACCUGAGCGUCUGUUUCGUCUUCACCUCCAAGACAAACCUAGUCUUGAGAUCCAUAAGUUGACGAGGCCAGAUAUAGAGCAAUACAGUAAAGUUUCCAUAGGGGAUUCCAUCCUGCUGGAACCUCAAGGUCUCAAAGUCUCGGAUCUGGCAAGACGUAUAGGGGAAAUGUCUCAGGGCGUUUUCUUAUGGGCAGUACUUGUUACGCGGUCAUUGAUUCGAGGCAUCAACAACGGCGACUCAAAGAGGGAUAUUUAUCGACGAUUGAAUUCAACGCCUCGAGACCUUAUGGACCUAUACCGGGAUAUUGUAACGCGGUCUGCUACUGAUCAUGACAUAUAUCAGCAAUCCGCAUCCUUGGUCUUCAAUCUGGUUUUUGUUGUAAAAAGCAUACCCAUGUUGUUGUUUGAAGUCAUGAUGGCAACGGAUGGUCGACUAUUGGAUCAGUAUGUCGUCCAGCAGAAGAGUAUCAAUGUACAAGAUCUUGUGACGAAAGGCUUGCGCAUGAUGAAUACCCUAGAAGCUGGUUGUGCCGGGCUAUUGGAACUGAAUGGCUCCAUGCAAGCCAGCCCUGCCGAUUCUGACUUGGAGACCAUACUUUAUGGCUUGGAAAUGAGACUGGAAUUCAUUCACAGGAGCGCCGAAGAGUUUUUGCUCGAUACAGAGGACGGCCGCAAGCUCUGGGAGUCUUGCCCUUGCUCACGGGAAGAGCUCUUGAUUCGAAGAACCAAAGCUCGCCUAGCCUGGUUUGAACUUUUCACCUCGCUUAAUAUUGAGUCGAGAAUGAGCGAUUGCUCAAUCAAUAACUUGAUUCAUGUGUUGGGAAAGUGGAUGGGAGAAGCAAGCCUGCCGCACGAAGUUCUCACCUCUACAUUGAACCUUGCGCAGAGGAUGUAUGAACGAGGAUCCAUAGUGCCACCACUACCAGGCCAUUGCGACGAUCUCAUUGUUUCUCGUUCUCCCCGGGGCCAGAUUUCGAGUUAUGCAGCGAGGUCCGGUUUCAUUGCAUUAGCAAAAGAAAAUUUGGCAACUCUUCCAGAUUCUGAGAGACAUGAGACUGCCUAUUGUAUCUUUUAUCAUUCUUGUACCCAGUUUCGUCCCGCGGAUUAUGACGGGCACAUGCUGAUAGAUCGCGAGAUAGUCCAGUUCAUGCUCGACAACGGUUACAACCCAAACUGGCCCGGGAUCUUAGAGACGAGUACUUGCAAAUUCGGCAGUCCUUGGCUUCAAUAUCUCUUACACCUACACGGGGAACUUUCCGAUACAGCGGAAGAUAUACUCACUUCGACUCAGGCACUUACAGUCUUGAAUACUAUACAUAUGUUCCUCAAAUCUGGGGCCAGUGUCCAUUCUAGGCUCAAGGUAGUAUUCGAGUGGUCACGACCGGUCAGUAGAAGGUGUUUCGCACAUAUCCGUCUUGGUACUCUUUGCUUUCAUCGCACUAAUGGCCGUCCGGACAACUCUGACUUCUUGAUCCUGGAGAUAAAUGCCAGGGUGCUACUGGAAUCCAUACUAGUUCAAGUGCACAGAGCAAUACGCCCUGUGUCCCGUUUGAAGCUUCCGGAGGCUGCGUCUCACAUGAAAGCUCUUGCAUUCGGUAGUUAUGAGAAGAAGAAGUAUUUCAUCGUGGAUACAAACUGGGUGUCAGAGUUGCUUUUAGAGGGAGUAAAGCUCUGGUUUCAGCACGCUACGAGGAAGCACGAUGAUAUGAAGCUGAACAACACGGUUAUGACAAUAUGUAGUUACGUUACUGACAAAGUCAGUGAAGCUUCGUGCCGUCGAGGCCCGCGGCCCUUUUAA